UAUCUUGUGGUUGUGUACCACCACCCCCUUUUGCUCAUUAUGGAUUUCAACGCAUAGCUUUUAAGACUUUACAUUUUAUUAUGUUCUAAAAUCUUAAAGCCACCUCACCUUGUUAAGCACCUCAGCACCUGAGAAAGCAGGAAAGCGAAACCUAAGGGUACUUCGCUUCCCGAGGGAGCCAUGGCUUCCGCGCCUUCCAAACCAGUCCCUAAAACAAAAUCCCGGAAGCCGCAGGUCUGUGUCCUCUGCCAGGGGCCCUUCAAGAAUCCUGUAAUCUUUGAUGGCUUGAAAUUCUGCCGCUUCUGCUUUUCGAGCCUGAAGAGGGAAGCCCUGGCCAACCCAUCUUCCUCGAAAGAGAAAAACAGGGCGACCAGGGAAGCAAAGAGCAAGACAGAAGAAGGGAUCGAGGAAAAGAAGGGGCUCUGUGAGGAACACGGAGAGCCGCUCACCUGGUUCUGCACCGAGGAGAGAAUCCCCCUCUGUGAGAUCUGCAAGGCAUCCAAGGAUCAUGCCUCUCACUCGAUGGUGCCUGCCGAAGACGCUGCCCUGGAGUACAAGGGCAAACUGCAACGGGCUGUGCAUUUGCUGGAACGGCAUCUGGACAAGUCUCUGAAGCUGAAAUAUCAGGAAGGGAAGAAGACAGCAGAGUGGAAGAAUGCAGUUCACGGCCAGAAAGAACGGAUUGAGAAUGAGUUUUUCAAACUACACACCUUCCUGGUGGAGGAAGAAGAGCGGCUCCUGAAGAGGCUGAAGAAAGAAAAGCAGGAGACCUUGAAGAAGCUUCACUCCAAUUUGGAGCAGCUGUCCGGCCAGAGCUCCGCCCUGAAGCAGCUGGUCACAGAAGUGAAGGAGAAGAGCCGGCAACCAGCAGGCGAGCUUCUGAAGGAUGUGGAUAACACAUUAAGCAGAAGUGAAAACGUGACAGUGCAGGAAACAGAAGCCGUGCCCACUAUGCUGAAGCAUGUGUAUAACAUUCCUUGCAUCGACAUCAUUGACAUCUUAACAGAGUUCAAAGCGGAUGUAUCUCUGGAUCCAGCCACGGCUCAUCCCGGCCUUGUCCUCUCUGAGGACAGGAAGGCUGUAAAAUAUGGAGGAAUGCAGCAAGGACCACCCAGUGAAGACAAUCCUGAGAAAUUUGAUGCUUACAUCCUGGUUCUGGGCUCAGAGAGAUUCACCUCAGGGAGGCACUACUGGGAGGUGGAAGUAGGAGACAGCCCGGAGUGGGACCUGGGUAUUUGUAGGGAAUCUGUGAACAGGAAGGGCCUGAGAACCAUGUUUUCUCCCAAAAGUGGAUUCUGGAGAUUGUGGCUCAGGGAUGGAGAUCGAUACAAGGUCCUGAUCUCCCAACCAACUCUUCUCUCUUUGGGCAUGAAGCCAACACGAGUGGGGGUCUUCUUGGACUAUGAGGAAGGGGAGGUUUCAUUUUAUAAUGUGACAGAGAAAACCCACAUUUACACAUACAUUGGGACCUUCUACACCCCUUUGCGACCUUUCUUUAGUCCAUGCCGCCACUGGAAAGGGGAAAAUGCAUGCUCUUUGUCUGUCUGCCCAAAGAAGGAAAGUGUGAGAAGCAAAAAUCAAAGCUCUGUCCAAGUGUUAAAUCCUUGAAUCUCCACUGAAAUAGGGCUCCUCCCUUCAGGAGGUACUAGUUUAGUUCAAAUGCCAGAACAGCCAGCUUCAUUAAACAGAUCGCAAUUCCAGGCCUCCAUUAAGACCAGAGAGUCCAUUAAGACCAGAGAGUCAAAGCUUGUUGUGGAACGUUUAGGCAAGAGCCUUCAUCUCUUCUCCAGCUGAUAUAUAGGAAACCGCAGUAAAUUGGAAACUCAAGAGGUUACACAUCAUCCAUUUUCUCCUAUGAGACUUAACUAUGUGGUUAAGCUAUUCUUCCAAGAGAGCCAGCAUGGUAUAGUGGUUAAGAGCGGAUGGACUCUAAUCUAGAGAACGGGCUUGCUGGGUGACCUAGUCACAGUUCUCUCAGAACUCUC